GAUUACCUGUUUCAAUGAAAAAAGAAGAAUUGAAUACAAAUCAUUUUGUAGUAAUCCUUUUGCUUUGCCUGUUAGUAUAAAACUUCUUUAUUAUCAAAAGAUACACACACUCAAUGCUUUUUCAUCUCUCUCUCUCUAAAUGCCCGCUUUAUAAGGGAUAAAAAAAUAAUCAAGAAUCAGAAGCAAGCACCAAGCCAACUUUUUCUCACACCCUUUUCUCUACUCAAAUUGAAUCAUUCAUCGCCAUUUUUUAUUUCGCCUGAUUUUACAAGAAUCUCGGAAUUCGUAAUUUUCGUAUUACCGGUUAAAGUUGCAGAUUCGUGAGGGGGGUUUUACGGAAUCUUUAGUUUGUGUGGGGGUGGGGGUGGUGGUUAUAAAAUGGCGAUGGCUUGUUUGGAUUGUAAGAUUCGUACGUGGGUUGUUGGGGUUUUCGUUAUUUCAUCUGCCUUAUCCCUCGCCUGGGGAGUAACGGACCCUCGUGAUGUUUAUGCGAUAAGCGAGUUGUAUGCUUCGUUGGGCUCCCCGUUACUUCCUGGAUGGAUCCUCGGAGGAGAUCCAUGUGGGCCCGUAAGUUGGCAAGGGGUGUCGUGCGUGUACGGAAAUAUAACUGCAAUAAAACUGGAUAGCUUGAAUUUGGGCGGUUUAUUGAGCGAAGGUUUGGCAUCAUUUGCCUCGAUUAUUCAAAUAGAUCUCAGUAACAACCAAAUUGGAGGCGGUAUACCAGCCAACUUGCCGACUACUCUAAGGAGUUUUUACCUUUCAGAUAAUCAAUUUACUGGUCUUAUCCCAGGCAGUAUAUCUUCAUCGACCCAAUUGACAGAGCUGUUUCUGAACAAUAACCAAUUUACGGGACCAAUUCCAGAUGCCUUUGAACCGCUUACGAGUUUGAUUAACCUGGAUUUAUCGGGGAACACUUUGAGCGGUGCGCUUCCUCCUUCGAUGGGGAAUUUGUCAUCUCUGAAAACUUUGAAUUUGGAGAACAAUCUGCUUUCCGGAGUGCUCGAUGUUCUUCAAUAUCUUCCGCUCAAUGACUUGAACAUCGAAAAUAACCAGUUCUCCGGGCCUAUACCAAACAAUCUGCUAAAUAUUCCCGAUUUCAGGGGCGAUGGAAACCCUUUCAACACUAGCAUCAUACCUUCUCCACCUGCCUUAUCUCCUUUAUCCCCUUCCGACGCACCCUCGCCUCAAUCGUUCGACGGUCCACCUGGACCAUCGGCAUCUCCGUUACCAGAUUCCGGAAGAAGUGAAUCGAAGAAACACGCAUCGAACAUGACCACAUGGAUUGUUAUCGCGGGGUUGUUUGCCCUGGUGGCACUUGCCCUAGGCCUAUGCCUUUCCAUGUCCACAUGUUGCUGUAAGAGACGAGGGUCGAGUGAGGAAACUCUCACCGGGACCCACAAGCAAGAUCAUUCUUCGCAAAACUCUUUUCGUCGGUUCGAAGCAGCUUCGAAGCAAGUGAAUUUGAAGGGAGAUAAUCGUAAUCAUAGUCACAGUAUAGAUAUGAAGGGAUUGGAUGACAAUAGUGAUCUACAGACGAGCCCACUUCCGUUUCCUUUACUUCCUGCGGAAAGAAUUGUUGCGGACCCCACUUUUACCCCGUCGACCGCAAGGGCAAAUUCGUCCAAGAUUGUGGAAUCUUCAAAGCUAUUUACGAUUGCAUCUCUUCAGCAGUGCACGAAUAGCUUUUCUCAAGAAAAUCUUAUCGGUCAAGGCAUGCUUGGUGCAGUUUACAGAGGCCGGCUUCCCGAUGGAAGGGUUAUUGCAAUCAAGAAACUGGAUAAGGCAGUAUCGGCGAAUGUAAGUGAUCGAGAGUUCGUUGAGAUGGUGACGAGUGUCUCUAAAAUAAAGCAUGAGAAUAUAGUUGACUUUUUAGGUUAUUGCCUCGAGCACGGUCAACGCCUCCUUGUCUACAGUUACUGCAGAAACGGGACACUUGACGAAGCACUAAAUACGGAUGACGAGAUCAAUAAGAAACUUUCUUGGAAUGCUCGCAUGCGUUUGGCCCUUCAAGCUGCAAAAGCCCUCGAAUAUUUGCAUGAGGUGUGUCAGCCACCUAUCGUGCAUCGGAACUUCAAGUCGUGUAAUGUGCUUCUAGAAGAUGAUCUCACCGUACGAGUCUCUGAUUGUGGUUUGUCUCCUUUGCUCUCGACUAAUUCCAUGGCUCAGUUGCAAGGUUCCGGUUACGGUGCUCCAGAACUCGAGUUAGGAAGCUAUUCUCACCAUAGCGAUGUUUAUAGCUUCGGAGUUGUGAUGCUGCAACUUCUAACGGGGCGAAAAUCGUACGACAGGUUACGUCCACGAGGGGAGCAAUAUCUAGUUAGAUGGGCAUAUUCGCAGCUGUACGAUAUAGAUGCAUUGUCGAGAAUGGUUGAUCCUUCGCUAAACGGAUCGUACCCAUCCAAGUCUCUGUCACGGGUCGCGGAUAUUAUUUCUUUAUGCAUUCAGGCUGAGCCGGAAUUUAGACCACCUAUGUCUGAGAUUGUGCAAAAGCUAUUAAACAUCAUACAGAAAGAACCCAGAUUACCAAGACAACAGCAGAUGAGUUGAUGACGUGGAGCCUUUUUGAUUGGUCCAGCAUACAAUUUUCUGAUAAUUAGUUAAUUGUUUUUUUUUUUGAUGUAAUAACUUAUUAGUUCAGAAUUACAGUUGUAGUUUUAACAGUGUUUUUUUUAGUUUUUUAGUGUGUUUUAUGUGGUCUAUUAUUAUCCUUUUAACUGUAAAGAGACUUGGAUGGGUACGACCCAUUACGCAUCGAGAAUGUUGGAUUGGGUUGAUGCAGAAGGUGGUCUUCAAGCAAUUCAUAAUAAUUUUAAUGUAAGAUGUUUGGUGACUAAUUAAUAAUAACUAAAAU